GAGCCUGUCCUUGAACUCAGAGAUCCGCCUGCCUCUGCCUCCCAAGUGCUGGGAUUAAAGGCAUGCGCCACCAUCACCCAGCUUUAAGACAUUUAAGACAUUUUUAAGAAGGAAUGUGGCCAGUGGCCUUUAGUAGGAUCACUUUGGUUGCUAUGUGGGAAUGAAUUUUAGGAAUCCAAGACCAAAGGUUAGGCUAUGGGAAAGGAGCUGGGAAAACCCAGGUAGUAGCGUGGCAGUCCAGACAAGGUGUUGACUGCACAGAUGGAGUACGGGAGGAGCACACACACUGUAGACUGGAUAGGGUUGUGGCUGAUUGGGUUUAGAAGGAGGAGGCAAAAAUAACUCCAGAGUUCCCUCCUUUUGAAAAGGCGUGGAGGAUAAUAUCACUUAGGGAAAUAGGAAAUCUAGGAGUGGGUUUGAGAAAAUAUGGUUCAGUUUAAUGUAGUAGAGGCUGGAAAAUGCAGGAAUAUAGAAUUCUUUGAAAAAUUGAAUGGGAUUAAAAGGCAGUUAUGAAGAAAUUUGAUUAGGUCAUAUAUGUAUGCAAAAGUGAUGGAAUCAACCUAUCUAUCAGUGUCGUAUCUGAGGAGAGUGACGGGGGCACAGAGAUGUUUAGAUAAACGGUGCCUAAGCACCGAGACUGAUGGCAUACACCUGGUAGUCAGAGGCCGAAAUUUGAUGCUAGCCUGAGCUACAGGACAAGACUCUGUCUUGAGAAACCAAGAACAAUCUGAGUGUUGUUGUGCACGCCUUUCAUCUCAGCCCUUGGGAGUCAGAGGCAGGGGGAUCUCUUAAAUUCUGUUUUACAGAUUGAAUUACAGGACAUCCAGGACUACACAGAGAGACCCUGUUUCAAAAAACCAAGAAAGGAAGGAAGGAACUCAGAGCUUUGGGUUAUAGUUCAGUUGUGAAACACUUGGUCACAUGUCCGCGGACCCGUGCAGAACACAGAGCAAAUGAACAAGAAGGAACACUAGCUAUGGCUGUCAAGGUCUGCCUGGGGAACUGCAGUGAAGGACAGUGUCUAAAACCAGAGGAGUGACAGCCUACAUUUGGGGGAAAUUCUGAAAAGAAAGCUUGAUGAUGGCGCUGUAGAGAUGGCUCAGAGGUUAAGAGCACUGGCUGCUCUUCCAGAGGUCCUGAGUUCAAUUCCCAGCAACCACAUGGUGGCUCACAACCAUCUGUAAUGAGAUCUGGUGCCCUCUUCUGGCCUGCAGGUAUACAUGCCAGAACAGUGUAUACAUAAUAAAUAAAUAAAUUUAAAAAAGAAAAGUACAGUGAUGCUUCCUGGAGUAGUGAACAGAACAUUAGGGACAAAGAUGCCUAAAGCUUAGAGAAUAGAAAACCUUAGAGCCCUGGUAGCACGCUACUAUGUGUUCAGAGUACCUGAGUGACUGACACGGUCGGAGAGUAAGGGUGUAGAUAAAGCUGGAGUAUGCCAGGCCAGUGAGGUCCACUCUGGGCACCACAUUACGUAUGUCUGUUUUCAAGGCUGGCAGAGCUGAGGAGUGACUUGAGUCUCUGGCUGCCAGCUACACAUUCCAGUGUGGAUCUACAGUCAACAUGGCUGUCUCCUGCUUGCCUUCACAUGUUUACCUAUAUUCAUUUAGUAAAUUCAGUGUCUUUUCUUGUAUGUGCUAUAGUGACUUUUUCUUUUAAUUGGUUUUUUGAGACAGAGUUUCUCUGUGUACCCAUGAAGCCUGUUCUGGAACUCUGUAGACCAGGCUGGGCCUGAGCUCACAGAGAUUCUCCUGCCUCUGCCUCCUGAGUGCUGGGUUUAAAGGCGUGUCCCACCACCACCACCUGGCAAGUGACUUUUUUCUUUAAGGCAGGCUGGCCUUCAGUUUAUGUGGCUCAAGCUGAAUUCAAAUGCCCCAUAAUUCCCUGCUUCAGCCUCCCAAGUGUUGGGUUAUUGUGUGAGCCACAGCUCCUGGCCCCUUCUUUUCAACUGGAUAGUGUAAAGGAUUGCACACACAGCUCUGGGUAAGCUCGGGUGUUAGAGAGCUUACCACCAAACACAAGGCUUUGAGUUGGGUCCCUAGCACUGAAAAAAAAAAUCAAUUUUCCUGAACUCUAAAGGCUAACAGCUGCAGGCUGUCCUGUGACUGUCUGUGUUUUCAUAAAGAGUGGGACAGUGGGGACGGCAAGAUAGUGAAAUAGGUAAAAGUGCUUGCCACGCAUGCCUGAUGACCUGAUGUUGUUACCCAAAUCCCAGGGUGGAAGGAGAUAGCUGACUCCUGGAAGUUGUCAUAUGACUGAUGUCUACUUGUGUGCCUUGGCAUGUGCAUAAACAUACAAACAAAACAACAACAAUAAUAAAAAAUGAUUGGCUUAGUAUUUUAGAUUGAAGGAGCUCAUGGCACUUGGUUAUGGUUUCCUCAGUAACUCUGCAAGGAGCUGGCAGACAAGGUCAUUUCCAUUCACUCUGAAGAGCUGAGAUGUUCCUGGGACCCUUGCAGGUGUCCCAUUAUUCCUGGUGGAAACAGGAAGAUCAGAAGUUGAAGGUCAUUCUCAGCUCCAGAGCAAGUUCCAAGUCAGCCAUUUGAGACUCCAUCUCUAAAAAUAAAACAAGAACAUAAAGUUCUUAGAACCAGACUUGGUGACUCACACCCUAUAAUUUCAGCUCACUGACGCUGAGGCAGAAGGAUUGCUUUGAGUUUGAGACUAGGCUGGGCUUCAGAAAAAAAGAAAAGUUCUUGACCUCUUGGUGGUAGUCCAUAUCUUUAAUCCCAGCAGCAGGAUCUCUGAGUUUGAGCCCAGUAUGGUCUAUAGAGCAAGUUCCAGGAUAGGCAGGACUACAUACACACACACACACACACACACACACACACACACAAAACAAACAAACAAAAAAACCCUAAGAAAGAGAGGGAGGGAGGAAAAAAAGAAAAAAAGGUCUUAGAGAUUGUACAGUAAACUCAGCAUUUAUUAACAGCUGUGCAGCUGAACUGAGAUAUGUAUAUUUAUAAAGGAUAGAGCACUGUAUGUAAUACAUAGUUGAUAUGUAACUGCUAUUUGCACUUAAAAUAGGUACGGAUUUCUACUUUUUAGGGCCCAUUCUUUGGGAUGGAACCAGUCUUAUGUUGUAAAUCAAUCUAGAGAAAAAACAAGCCAGGUGUGGUGCAUGCUUGUAAUGCCAGCACUUGGGAGGCAGAGGUGGAGGAUCAGCAAGUUGAAGCCAGCCUAGACUAUUUAUUGAUAUUCCCGUCUCAGAACUAAAACAAGCCUUUAAUCCCAGCACUCAGCAGGCCAGGGGUUCCUUCGAGGCCAGACUGGUCUACAGGGUGAGUUCCAGGAAAGCCAGGACUGUUACACAGAGAAAUCCUGGCUUGAAAAACCAAAAGAACAACAACAGCAAAACCCACAAAGACCUUUGACUCCAAAAACAGGAGACAGAGGCAGGCUCAUCUUUGAGUUUAAGGCCAGCCUGGUCUACAUAUACUGAGUUCCAGGUCAGACAGCAUUUCAUAGUGAGACUAUGACUCAAAAACAAAACAAAGAAGACCCGAAACAACAAAACCUUAGAGUCUCCUGCUCAUCAUUUCAGUGCCGUGUGUGAUCCCAGUGCUGCGACCCCAAGCCAGCCAUCUGAUGGCUCUAAACGUAAGGUCUGAGAGCUGGUAGAGCUGGCUCCGGCAGACGCCUGGGGGAGUCACACUAGGGGCCUGCGCCAGUCCUGUCAGCCCCUCUCAGGCCUCGUUCUUCGCAGAGGAUGAUGAGUCCAGGGUGCUCAGAGCUGUUUGUUGUCUCGGCACUCCCUUCCUGCAGUUGUGCCUUUCAAGAUGAAGUUACUCACGCUUCUUGUUUCUCACAGCAGCCCCAGCUAGCUGACUUCAUGUGAAAGAUGGCUAAUGCGGAAGUGAGUGUCCCAGUGGGAGAUGUGGUUGUGGUACCCACUGAAGGAAAUGAAGGGGAGAACCCUGAAGACACUAAAACCCAAGUGAUCUUGCAGUUACAGCCUGUGCAGCAAGGUUUGUUUACCGAUGGACACUUUUACAACAGGAUUUAUGAUGCUGGGUCGGAGAACAACGCAGCAGUUGUAGCCGUAGAGGCGCACACAAUACACAAAAUCGAAGAAGGAAUUGAUGCAAGCAGCAUAGAAGCAAACGAGGAUAUGGAAAUUGCCUACCCUAUAACCUGCGGAGAGAGUAAAGCCAUCCUCCUCUGGAAGAAGUUUGUGUGUCCAGGAAUAAAUGUGAAGUGUGUCAAGUUCAAUGAUCAAUUGAUCAGCCCCAAGCAUUUUGUCCAUCUGGCUGGCAAGUCCACUCUGAAGGACUGGAAGAGAGCCAUUCGUCUAGGUGGCAUCAUGCUCAGGAAAAUGAUGGACUCCGGGCAGAUCGAUUUUUACCAGCAUGACAAAGUUUGCUCCAAUACUUGCAGGAGUACCAAGUUUGACCUUCUGAUCAGCAGUGCGAGGGCGCCAGUGCCAGGCCAGCAGACAAGUGUGGUGCAGACCCCCACCUCGGCCGAUGGUAACAUCACACAGAUUGCCAUCUCAGAGGAGAGCAUGGAGGAGGCUGGGCUGGAGUGGAACUCAGCUCUCACUGCUGCUGUCACCAUGGCCACAGAUGAGGGCAUAAAAAAAGACUCUGAAGAAAUUUCAGAGGAUACUUUGAUGUUCUGGAAAGGAAUAGCUGAUGUAGGAUUGAUGGAGGAGGUCGUCUGUAAUAUUCAGAAGGAGAUAGAAGAACUUCUCAGGGGCGUUCAGCAGCGGCUCCUGCAGGCUCCCUUCCAGGUCACAGAUGCUGCUGUUUUGAACAAUGUGGCGCAUACAUUUGGCCUGAUGGACACAGUCAAGAGAGUUUUGGACAACAGACGGAAGCAAGUGGAGCAGAGCGAGGGGCAGUUCCUCUAUACCCUGGCAGACUUGGAACGGCAGUUGGAAGAGCAAAAAAAGCAAGCCCAAGAUCCUAGACUGAAAUCUCAGACGGUUCAGAAUGUGGUACUGAUGCCUGUGAGCACCCCAAAGCCUCCAAAGAGACCCCGGCUCCAGCGGCCGGCCUCCACCACUGUCCUGAGCCCUUCUCCUGUGCAGCAGCCUCAGUUUACUGUUAUCUCACCUAUCACCAUCACCCCCGUGGGGCAGUCCUUCUCCAUGGGCAAUAUUCCAGUGGCUACUCUCAGCCAGGCCUCCAGUCCUGUGACUGUCCACACGCUGCCUUCUGGCCCGCAGCUCUUCCGCUAUGCCACGGUGGUUUCCUCUGCCAAGAACAGCUCACCAGACACAGUGACCAUCCACCCUUCGUCGAGCUUGGCACUGCUAAGCUCUGCCACUAUGCAGGAUGGCAGUACCCUGGGCAAUAUGGCCACGAUGGUGAGCCCUGUGGAGCUGGUGGCCAUGGAGUCUGGCCUGACUUCAGCAAUCCAGGCAGUUGAAAGCUCCUCGGAGGAUGGGCAGACCAUCAUUGAAAUUGACCCGGCCCCAGAUCCUGAGGCUGAAGACAAUGAGGGCAAAGCAGUCAUCUUGGAGACAGAGCUGAGGACUGAGGAGAAAGUGGUGGCUGAGAUGGAAGAACACCAGCAUCAAGUCCACAAUGUGGAGAUUGUGGUCUUGGAGGACUAAUUGGGGAUGGGGCCAAGAGCUAUGUUUUGGUUUGGAAUUUUAAUUAUGUUUAUUUUUAUCAUUGUCCCAUUCAUUUCCACAUAGAACCUUUUUUUAAAAAAAAAAAAAAACAAACUACAAAAAUCUCGUUGUAACUGACAAUGUUGGGUUCCUCCUACUCCCUCAAUGACAAAUGGACAGAACAAGCUACCUUUCCUGAAGUUAGGAACAGGUCAUCCGGUGUCCUAAUCAUCUUACCCCAAGGAAGGUAUUGCUUUUAGGGGAGGUGUCAAAAUAACCAGGAACCCUUUCCAGAAUAGUCUGUCUGUAUACACAUGCAUGGGUUCACGCUUGUAAAGAUGUGUUGACCAAACUCUGGAGCACAGACCUGACAAUGGAAGACGGCCAGCGCUCGCGUAUCCUGGAUAAGGCCUCAGAGGCCAGUGCAAAACUCUCAAACAAAAGGAAGUUGAACUCUGCUUAGAGUGGGAAGUAGCAUGCCAUCAGCAGCUUAAAUGGGGAAGUUCUUUGGCAAGGAGGGGGCAAGGCGUGAUCUUCCAGAGGUGCAUCUGAUGCCCCCUCGAGCUCUUUGAGGGUUGGGUACCAUUUUGAGAAGAGGCCAGUGAUACGCAGAAUGGCACACAGCAAACAAGCGAUGGUCACAGCUGUGCUUUUGGGAUAGCUCACCUUGCCCCCAGUCUUGUCAAAGCCCUCACCCUCUUCACCAAGGAUUUUUAGUCCAUUCCUUUGCAGACUGUGAUGUGGCUAUAAUUGCUCUAGAUCUUGGACUGUGGCUGUCAUGAGAUGGGGCUCCAAGGCCAUCAUUUUUGUUUCUUGACUCCAGGGAUGGAAGAGUUCCUCAUGCAGACCAGCUGCUAUUUUUGGGAGCCCUGCAUGCAAGUGUGUGUGGUGUGGUGUGUGUGGUGUGAUGUGGUGUGUGUGUGGUGUGGUGUGUGUAUACCUGUUUUGGCUUUGGAACCAAAAGCAGUCCUCACUUGGUGCUUCCCUUUCUCUUCAUCCUUCAGUCUCCCGGAUCCCACGCUCUGCAGCUUUUUGGCUGAUGUCGAGAGCAGUGACAGGUGCCUGCCUGCCUUCAUUGCUUUUGAGAGUCACUUCUGUUUAUGCCACAGAUGCUUCUGGGAGAUACUGAGCUCACAAAAAGACUUAGGCUUGGCAGGGAAGACUGGAAACACCUCCAGCCUUUCCUGAGGCGUGGACUAGACGUCUCCUAUGUGAGCCGAACUCCCUGGGAAAGAAAUGUUGUCUGUGACAGUAAUGUUUGGGGGCGGGGGCUUUUUCCUAAAUGCUGUUUGUACGUUUAGACCUGGGUCGCCUUCCAUGCUACAGUCCCUUCACUUUGACCCUCUUCAGUGUUUGGGAAGAGGGAACAGUUUGAUUUCUUUAAUUAAUUAUAUUGUUCACUGUACUAGGGAAAGUAUAGACACUCUACAGAUGACUUAAAUAGGCUGGAAAAGCACACAGUUUAGGAGUUGGAGCAUUUAUUAUUAGUAGUAGUAUUAUCAAAAGUAAAAUUUCGACCUCAGUUUCUAUUUAAAAAAAGAGAGAAUGCCUGCCUAAACCUGUCUUCCUACCUGCAGGUUUUGGAAACUAUAAAUCACUGAGAACUGUGUCCUCCCAACUCUUCGAUGGCCAUAGAUAGCCAGAACGCCCUCAGGUCUCUCUGAAGACCCUAAGAGUGGGAUUUCUGAACUCCAUGCAGAUGCAUUUUAGCUUCAAACUGGACUUUUCAGAAUAUUUAACUGAGCUGGGGACGGAGCUGAGUGGGUCAAGUGCUCACCUGGCACACAUGCAACUCUGGCUUCAGUCUCCACCACGAAUAAAGUGGGCAUGGUAGCACAUGCCUUUGAUCCUUGGGAAGCAGAGACAGGAGGCUCAGAAAUUCAAGGUCAUUCUCAGCCCUGUAGCAAGUUCAAGACUAACCAGGGAUACACAAAAUGCUGUCUCAAAAAAAUUCGUUUUGAACAAGCUUUUGGUCCUUUAUCCAUUUUUAGUGAAGAAACUGGAAUUUAUUUCUGGUUUCCUUAGGUUUUCUGUUAAUACAUAAGAUUUUUUUUUUUUUUUUUUUUUUUUUUUGGUUUUUCGAGACAGGGUUUCUCUGAAGCUUUGGAGCCUGUACAUAAGAAUUUUUAUUACACUUAUUUAUCCGAGAGAGUGUGUGUGUAGUGGAGAGCUUGCAAUGGUGUCUGUGGAGGUCAGAGAAAAACCUACAGGAGCCAUUCUCUCCUUCCAUUGUAGGGUCCUGGGGAGUGAACUCGGUAGCUAGGCAUGGUGGCAAGCAUCUUCACCCACUGAGCCAUCUUGCCAGCCCUAAAGGUUCCAGGCUAAGUCUGAAACUGUUACUUGAACCUAGAAAGCCACAUCUCACUCCUGUUGUACUCUGUAGGUCAUUUCUCUCUCCCAGAGAUGAGAGAACCCAUUCAGGACCCAGAGGAGCCUUGGAGACUAAGGACAGUCUCACUCAGGUUCAUCCCUUUGCUGUCACAACUGUAGCAUAAAAGUUUGUGUGAGCUCCGUGCUUCCAAAGUCAGACGUCCUCUUGGGACAGAGCCUGUUUACUUUCAACCUUCUGGCAGGUGGGUUACACGAGCGUGGCUGUUUUCCUGGUCUUCCAAUUGCUGUCAUUGCUAGCUGCUGUGGUACUCGUGAGGACGAGAUCUCUCCCAGCCCUGGUCUAGAUCAUUUCUGGUGGGGUGAGACACGUGCAAGUUAUUGCAAUGAAAUUACUCCUCAGGCUGACUUGAUGGUAGCUAUCUUUUCUCUAGCCAUUCAUUAAAUAAACAUUUAUA